GAGAAAGAAGGAGGAGGAGACGCAGAGACUCUAUUCAGCAGCGCAGGUCACGGGGCGGAAAAACAGCGGAGUCUGUAAACCGAAAACAGAGAAAAGGAUGCUUUAAUUAGCACGCGCUCUGACCAGACCAGAGAGAGAGAGAGAGAGAGAGAGAGAGAGAAGGAGGAGGAUGAUGGCCGGGUUCCGGUGAGCGCGCGCUGAUGUCUGCACCAUGGAGAAGCGGUCUCUCGUGACGGCGGCGAGCGUUUUGAUGAGCGUCGUCGCGCUCGCGCUGCUGGUCACCGCCAUCUUCACGGACCACUGGUACGAAACGGACACGCGCAGGCACAAGCGGAACUGCGACCGCUACGGAGCCGAGUCCAAUGACCAGAAGAACCGGGAGAUGCCCAUCUACCACCUGCCGUUAGUGGACAGCACCGGGAGCGCGGGCGGGACCGGGGGGUCGCGCCGGAACAGUGUGGCGCUCAUGAAACCGAUUCACGUCGGGAGUCGCGAGGAGGAGCUGUUGGAGAACUGGAGAGCGAUCCUUGGCAUGGGCAUCCUGGAGACCGAGUGCGGCCGCCCGCUCUUCCCAACCCACUCCGGUCUGUGGAGGAAAUGCUACUUCCGGGGUGUGGACCCAGACAUCGACCGGCUCAUUUUAAAGGGUAUUGCAGAACGCUGCACUGCAGUUAAAUAUCAUUUCUCUCAGCCGAUUCGACUCAGGAACAUUCCUCUAAACCUGACCAGAACCAUCCAGCAGGACGAGUGGCAUCUCUUACAUUUGAGGAGAAUAACAGCGGGCUUUAUGGGAAUGGCUGCUGCAGUGUUGCUCUGUGGCUCUGUCGUUUCUGCAGUCGGAUUUUUCUGGGAAGAGAAACUCACACAGCAUGUAUCAGGACUGCUGUUCCUAAUGUCAGGGAUCUUCUGCACCAUUUCUUUGUGCACCUACGCCUCCAGCAUGACCUAUGACCUCUCCCGGAACCCUCCAUUUAUCUACGGUCUCCCCGGCGACGUGGAUCAUGGAUUUGGUUGGUCGGUGUUGUGUGGGUGGGCGUGUCUUGGGCUGACGGCGGCAUGUGGCUGCAUCAGCACCGCCUCCCCCUUCAUCACGCGCCACAAAAACACACACACCUCCGCUGUGAAUACACACACUGCAGUAGUAAGGGUGAUGAUGAUGAUGACACAGGUGAUGAUAAUGAUGGUGAAGAUAAAGAAGAAGAUGAGAAUGAAGACGAAGAUGAAGAGGGUUUAGUUGUGGGUGUUAAAUGCUCUGUGUUCCUGACUGUGAAUAAUAAAGUCCUGUACAGAUCUAA